UCUUAGGUCUUAGGUCUUAGUUUUCGAGGGUCUUAGUUUUCGUAACACCCGCAAGAGGUCUGUGAAUUAUAUUUCUUCUGAAUAAAACUAUUAUACUGGCGAAGAUUAAGGUUCCCAUCGUUCAAAUUUAAUACACUAGUCGCUCUAUUUUGUUUGUAAAUCUGCGUUUUUCCGAUCUCCAUGGUGAAUAUAAAAUGCCUUUUACUUUGGAUUAAAAAAUUUGAAAAUGUUUUUAAUAUUUUGUGCGCCAAAAUUAUUAUGAGUGACGAAAAUAUCUUCAUUUCUCAAUUUCAAUUCCAAGCAAUUUGAAUAUUUACUUUAAUAAGACCCGAUGUAACAUCAAGAUAAACAUGAAUGUGUUGAUAAUGGACUUGAAAUGUCGUGUUGUUUUAAUGUUUGACGUUCGGCGUUUCUUGGCAAACCAGGCCUGUAUCGAGGCAGAUGUAUUUUUAUUACAAAAAUAAACAGUCAGGCGUAAGCUCAUUAUUAUUUAUGCAUUUUCUUUUGACGCUGGAUCAACUUUAUGCCGGAAUAAAUUUCGCGUCGGUGUUGCUCGGUACCGCAUUAAGGAAUAGAAAACAUUGCUCGAGGAAAAAUGAAACUUGUACAGCUCAAAAAUAGGAUGUAAGUGUGUCAAAACAUGGCGGACAUGGUCGAUAGGGUAACCGGAGGUUACGAAGCAGAAUUUCUUCUACCGGUUCCUGAAGAAUACGAAUGUCCAAUUUGUCAGCUAGCAUUUCGCGAUCCGGUUCAAAUCGAGGAUUGUGGCCAUCGAUUUUGUCAAUCAUGUCUUCAAGAGUUAAAACGCAGGCAAGGAAGCCCAUGUUUGUGCCCUCUGGAUAGAAAACCAAUUUCGUCUUCGAAGAUCUUCGUCGAUAAGGCAGCAAAGCGAGCCGUUCUAUCACUUGGAGUAAAAUGUGCUAAUUGGAAACGAAAAUGUGACUGGACUGGAGAUCUAAUUUAUGCUGAGGAGCACAUGAAAAACUGUGCCUACGAAGAUGUCCAUUGUACAAAUGUGGAAUGCAAUGAACUCAUGCCUCGCCGAACGCUUCAGUAUCAUCUUGUAUCAAAGUGCCGCUGGAGAGUAGUGUCGUGCCAGUUUUGUUCAGAAAUGUAAACGUAUAAAGAUAGUAAGGUUCACAUGAAAGUAUGUAAACGAAUCCCUUUGGAGUGCGUCAACAAGUGUGGAGUUAAGGAAAUUCCUCGAGAGGAAAUGUCUUUUCAUUUGACUGAGUGUCCGCUGGCAGUCCACCCGUGUCCUUAUCAAGACAUUGGUUGCGUAUUUAAGGGAAAACGCGACAUUCUCGAAGACCAUUCUAAGACUGCGGUUCACAAACAUCUGAGCUUAGCUCUUCUUAAAAUUCGCGAAAACGAGAGCCGGAGUACUUGUACAAACGGCGUGUUCAUCUGGAAAAUCAGCAAUUAUAAUCAACAGUAUGAACUGGCCGUCGCCUCACCCGAAGACCUGGCUAUUUUCAGCCCACCAUUCUACACGUGCCAAUACGGAUACAAAAUGAGAUUAAAAGCCUAUCUACAGGGCCGAGAUCGUGGCAAAUCAACGCAUCUAUCAUUGUACAUUAUCAUAAUGAAGGGGGAUUAUGACGCAUUACUUGACUGGCCAUUUAAGCAAAAGAUAACUUUUUACCUCAUAGAUCAAGGCGAGCAGAAGGCGCAUCGCACGCACCAGCUUAGUCCUAAUCGAUCUCUACCGAACAUAAAAGUCGUGUUUAACCGACCUACGAUGAAAGAAAACCUCGGCAUUGGUAACCCGUGCUUCGUGCCACACGAAAUGCUUGAGUCCGGCGAGUUUAUCAAAGACGAUGCUAUCUUUAUCAAAGCUGUUGUUGAGCCAUCAAAAGCAACCACUUAAACGUUUAGUUUAGGUGAAAACUCGAGGUUAACGUAACCUAACUCAACCCUAAUCCUUGCUCUUUGGACUAGACAGUGUGUGGCCAUAACUGGCAAGAUUAUAUAGACUGAAAGCUACGAUCUUGGAAAAAGUGUUGAAACACGUUCCUCAACUUAGAAUAUAAGUUCACCCACCCCUCCCUUCUCAAUGCACCUCGCAAAGUCACGUGUUUUGGGCCAUCGAAAGCCUUUACGUACAUGGUGUUUUCUAGGAGGGGUGAAGGAAGGCGGGUUCUGUUUCAACGAAGUUCUUGUUGGUUAAAAAUUCAGUGAUUAUGCAUAUUUUCUGUAAUAUGUAAAAGCUACCGAAAUUAAUGAAAAACAAAAUCUAACGAAAUCGAGACAGUCUCCCAUGUUUGCUGAUGAGACGAUCACCCUAAAUGAAAAAGCUCACCAGUGUAGUUCCGAUGAGCUUCAAACGAACUGAUACAAAAAUCCAAACUUUAUGAGAAAUAGAUAAAGAGACAAAAAAAUAAAUGAGUGUUAUUGCCGGUCUAAGGAGGAAACUGUCCGCGUUCAUGCAGGAAUUCUGCUUUUAACAUUAAAGAUUACAUGAUAUGAUGAGAA